AACGCGAAGCGCGUGCUGGAAAAGCCGAGGCGUUGGAUUGAGAGCAGCGCGAGCACCUAAGAUCACCAGAGGCAUCACUCGUCACAAGAUUCAGACUCUCAUCCGCCUUUUUUUUAUACUUUGGUUGCGGUUUACCGUGAUAUCGUUAAAGUCUGAAUAGUGGCGAGAGGUACAAGUCGAGCUCAUUAGUGAGGCUUCUGAUCUCCCGUGUUGGGGGCAGUUACUAUUGCCCCUCGGCGGGGGACCUCGGUAUUAUCAUUUUGGUUAUCUGGGAGGCGAAACCGUUGCCUCUCACCGCGUGUUAGUGAAAAAUUUAUCUUCGGUGUCUUUAGUCGGGGUUUUUUUGUGAGACCUUAGAUCAGUUUAGACUGGACCUUUAAAAAGGUGUUACACUGCUGCAGCUCUUUGUGUGGCUUUAGUUUCGUGUCCUCGUCGCAGCGACCCUAAGUGCAGCACUUCUAGCUCCACAACAUGUGCUCCCGGGUGUGGUUUGUCACAGACCGGCGGAUCAGCCAGGAAUACCCGCAGGUUCAGAUCCUGCGAGCCUUGAAGGAGCGCUGCGUCGAGGACGAUGUCGAAUUCCGCUAUCUUCUGAUGGAUGAGAUCGUUCUGACCAUCACGGACGGACAGCUUGGUCUGCGGGUCGGCCAGGAGAUUGUGACCUCGUUCCCGCAAGUUGCCGUGGUGCGUGUUCCGACCCCGUGGGUCCAGUCGGACAGUGACAUCACUGUUCUGCGUCACCUGGAGAAGAUGGGCUGCCGUCUGGUCAACCGGCCACAAGCAAUCCUUAACUGCGUCAAUAAGUUCUGGACCUUCCAGGAGCUCGCCGGCCACGGAGUCCCUUUGCCGGACACGUAUUCAUAUGGGGGACAUGACAACUUCCGCAAGAUGAUCGAUGAAGCCGAGCCGCUGGGUUACCCUGUCGUGGUGAAGAAUGCUCGUGGACAUAGAGGUAAAGCUGUGUUUUUGGCCCGGGACAAGCAUCAUCUAUCAGACCUGUGUCACCUGAUUCGUCAUGACGCCCCAUACUUGUUUCAAGAGUACGUUAAAGAAAGCCAUGGACGAGAUGUGCGAGUGGUUCUGGUGGGGGGUAGAGUGAUCGGAUCCAUGCUGCGUUGCUCUACCGACGGGCGCAUGCAGAGCAAUUGUUCGCUGGGUGGCGUGGGAAUGAUGUGUCCCCUCAGCGAGCAGGGAAAGCAGCUAGCCGUCCAGGUGUGCAAUAUUUUGGGGAUGGACGUGUGCGGAAUCGACCUACUGCAGCUGAACGACGGCUCCUUCGUGGUGUGCGAGGCCAACGCCAACGUGGGCUUCAUCGCGUUUGACCAGGUGUGCGGAAUGGACGUGGCAGGCAUCGUGGCCGACUACGCCCUCUCUCUGCUGCCGAGCCGACUCAGCAGGAAGAUGUCGCUGCUCUCUGUGGUCUCCAGCACCAGCGAAACUAGCAGCGAGCCGGAGGUGUGUAUUCCCACCGAGGUCAUAAUCCCCACAGAGGUGUGCAUCCCCAAUGAGAUCUGCCCUCCCGGCGCCACCUGUGCCCUCCCCGACGGGGUCUCCACCAUGAGCACAAGCUCCACCUCCAGCGAGAGCGAGGUGGAUCUAACCGAAACGGGCCCCGCCCCUGUCGCUGCAGACCCCGCCUACAAUAUCAACUCUCUUCUGGCGAGUGAGAUUUAACUGUAGACUGAGUGAGCUGGAAUCCCAGCCACGCAUACACAUACAUUGAAGAGCGCGACACACAUACUGAAACGGACAUUAUACAUACAGAUGCACACAUGUAAUCAAACUAACCCUCCCUGUAAACCCCUGAGGCUGCUCCCCUGAUGUUUCUCCAACAUUGACAGACUAUAGAAUCAUACUGUGCAGUUUGGAAGCGCACAAGAUCUUGUACUCUCCAGCUUGGCUGUAGUGCACCAGCUAAAUAUGGGUUUGCCACUGUAAUAUGGGGGUGCAUGCAGUGUAGAGCGGUUUAUCGGGACCAGACUCCCAAAUCUAACUAAUCUCUCGGUUACCUUCCAACUGGAUUCUAAUGUACAUACCUUUGGGUUAGGACACACACACACACGCUCAAGGACAUAUUAAAAUCUGUAUUAUAGAGUGAAUGAAUUUUGUCUGUUACAAACCCUUUGGUGAAGGCCGGCUAAAGGUAUAAUGCAUUUUGUAUGUGGGCAAGUGAGAAAUGGACCCACAUUUAACUGCCUGUUGGCAUGCAGCACCCCGUAUACAGAAAUGUAAGAGGUAUAGCAAAACUGAAACUGGAAAGCUGCAUUUAUUCUGUCCAGAUUGCAAUUAGACCCCGUCAUCUAUUUUAAAGCAUGAAUGAGUAUUUUAGGCUGUUGCAAUGGCUACCUGUAGUUAAUGAAUUACUGCUGAUCAGACUAGCGUGAAAACUGUGACUGACUGUGGGAUCGGUUUUGUAUGACCUUUUUAAUGUAUAUGUGAAGAUGUGGCCCCUGAUCUACUGUCGUGUGCAUCUCUUGCUUUGUAAUUCUGUAAAUGAGGUGGCCAUUUUAAAAACCCCUGUUGUCCACCAUUUUGAACUGGUUAAAGCACUCGUUGUUCUCACAUUAAUCUUACUUUAGGCAAUGUGACGUACAAAUUCAUUUUCCAAUGUCAGGUAUUCAAAUCUGCGUAUGACCACGUCAAUCUGCAUGUUUGCCACACCAAAGGCAAAUUGCUCCCACAUCUUUGAGUCUGAACGGCGAGUUGCAUAGCAAUAGAGAAAGUAGAUUUUAAAUACUAAAUGUUUUUACCACAAGGGCUGAACGUUUUGCCAACACUAAACGCUGAUGAUGAAUAAGCUAUUUGUCUUCAACGAUUUGUUUGUACAACAAUAUUGCAACAAUAAAACUAGUGUCAACUCGAAUGGGUGCUACAAUUUCUCUUAAUUCAGCCCAGUGGAUUAAAAGCCAGUCAUGCGUUUUAUUGAAUAAAAACAUUUGUUGUAUUUAAAAUUAUAUUGUUGUAUGCCGCCGCACUCCUCUGUUUACUAUUCUUAAAAAAAAGCUUGCCAAGCUUGGAAAUGCGACCAGAAAUCCAAAAAUACAGAUUUAAUCAGUUUUGGCACAUUUGCAAGUACAUUUAAGUUCACGUUGAGUCUUAACAUGGACUGCAUAUAACGAUAAACCUCAUGUUCACCAUGGACCAAACUCAUGAUCCAAGCCAGCUCAGAAUGGUUUACAAUGGUAGUCACAGUUUUUAGAUCAAUAACAAUGAGAAUCACACUUUGGUUUCAAGUCUGAAUCAAUACGGAUGUGCAACCGUUUACAUUGACUCAAAUUAGAUUUACAUUUACAGCUAACUCAGGGAAGCAGCCUUGAUCAAAUUCCUCACCUUGGAAAUGUGACAUUCAUGCUAUCCAGUCCUGCCUAUGUGUAUCAAUAAACAAAAGUACAAACAUUUUAAUGAAAUACAUCCUGUGGGACCUGAUGGUUACAUGCACUCUGUUCUUGUUUGUUUUAUAUUUAGUGUUCUGUUGUCUUUUCCUAAUUUAUAAUUUAUUAUUUUUGAAAAGUAAAAACUGGUUUGUAUGCGAGCGUUAUUGAAGAGACGUUUACCACCUGAGACGUGCACACACACACACACACACGCACUUCUCACCACCCUCUCAAGUGUUGUGAUUUGCUGUCUUUGUGUGUGAUGUUUCAUCAUUCCAUGCAACCAGAGAUGUGCUCCCUUUACCUCAUCCCACACAAACGCCAGUGUCCCUGUAAAUUCUGACAUUUUGCAAUGUUCGGUAUAGCACACAAUAUGGCUGUCAGACUCUUAAACGCUCUGAAUCUUUCAGUAGAACAGAUUUUUAAUGUUUAAUAUCAAAUCUGUGAUCAAAACAUUUUUAAGUGCAAAAUGAAUUUAGUUUGGAGAUAAAACUCCUAUGAGGACGGAACCUGUGCCUGAACUGAGUGUUAAAAUGUGGUCAUAGCCACAGUAAAGUUUUGAUCAUUUUUAUCAAUAAGGUUACCACCACAUGUGAGUUAACGAUUUUACUCAUUGGCCAUUGACGUAACAAAGUAAAAACAAACCAACAGUUGCUGCUUAUGACCACUCUGCUCUCUGGUAUGAAAAAGGGAAAUGUUUUGAGAAUCCAUGUGUUCAUUUCAUUGCUUCCUUGUUUUUGUUUUUUUGUGGAACUUAAAUGCCAAAAAACCAAGCAAUGUUGUAUAAUUUAAAACAAGAACUUAGUGAUAGAACGCUAACAUUGAUGUUAUGUGUUAUGACGUAAAAAUAACAUUAACAACAACAAUAAAGACAUUUUAAAAAUG